GAGUCUUAUCGCUAAAGAAGGCACCAACAAUAUUAUAUGCUGUGGAACUCAUUCAAAAAUCCUGCUCCUGUUGAACACAGCAAGAGGACUCUGACAGAAGAUGUGGUGGCUUGUUGCCAUCGCUUGCCUAAUACAAGCAACUGGAGGCUCAGAAGAAUUGAGUAGGAGGAGAAGAGAUGUAAAUCCUGAGGUUCACAUGAAUGUCAGUGAGCUGAUCUGUUACAAAGGAUACCCCAGUGAAGAGUAUGAAGUCUUAACAGAUGAUGGCUAUUAUUUGACAAUAAACAGAAUACCUUUUGGAAGAAAAAAUCUUACAGUCAGAGGUCCCAAGCCUGUUGUGUUACUGCAACAUGGAAUACUUGGAGAAGCUAGCUUCUGGGUCGAAAACAUGGCCAACAACAGCUUCGGAUUCAUAUUAGCAGAUGCUGGCUAUGAUGUUUGGAUGGGGAACAGCAGAGGAACGAGCUGGUCUCAGAGACACCAGAAUCUGUCAACUGACCAAGAUGAAUUUUGGGAUUUCAGUUUCCAUGAAAUGGCCGUCUAUGAUCUUCCAGCAAUUAUCAACUUCAUUCUGAAGAAAACUGGGCAGAAGCAACUGUAUUACGUAGGCUACUCUCAAGGCGCUACCAUUGGUUUCAUCGCAUUUUCAGUCAUACCAGAACUGUCUCAGAAAGUCAACAUGUUUUUUGCCCUGGCUCCUGUGAUUUCUCUUCAGCAUGCAACAAGCCCUAUGUUGAAAAUAAGCCCCAUGUUUCCUGAAUACUCAUCCAAGAGCAUGCUUGCCAGAGGAGAAUUUGUUUUGUCUCGCAAGCCUGUGAGAGACUUUAUGCAGAAAUUAUGCCGCGCUUCUUUUAUGCAGAAAUUAUGUGCGCGCCUCAUGUUCACUAUUUCGGGUGGAUUCAAUGCAACAAAUCUAAAUAUGAGCCGUGCAGAUGUGUAUGCAGCUCAUUUUCCAGAUGUAACAUCAUCUAAAAACCUUCUACACUGGAAACAGAUAAGAGAUUCAGGGUUAUUCAGGUAUUUUGACUAUGGGAACAAGAAUGAGGCAAGAUAUAACCAGAGUGUUCCGCCUUUGUAUAAAGUAGAAGACAUGAGUGUCCCAACUGCAGUGUGGUCUGGUGGGAAUGACAUCAUUGCAAGCCCAGGAGAUACAGCCAUCUUAGUUUCUCGCAUCUCUAACCUAGUUUACUACAAAAAUAUAUCAUAUUGGAACCACUGGGAUUUCAUCUGGGGCCUCAAUGCCCCCAAACUGGUGUACUGCAAAAUCAUAGAGUGGAUGGGGAAGUCUCUGUAAAUCAAUAUUUUGCUAUAAUAGAUUUAAUUCACUAUCUUUUAUUAACCAUCCUUUCUUUUACACCUGUCACAACAAACCCUGUGCCCUGCUAACAUGGAGAGCCCUUCUAGGCCACUGAAACCCACAGUUUGCUUGAGUUGCAAAACAAUGAAGCUUGGAACUGUGCAAUGGAGAACUUAAUAAACAGCAAUGGAAUACUAGCUCCGCCCAAGGUAUGAUGGAUAACAGCAACAACUGACAAAAGAUAGACAUAAUAAAGUACAAGGACAGAAUAAUAGCCACACACAAGAAGAGCAAAAAGAGAGUUUGAAGGCUUCACCUGAAGGACUGUAAAUUAUUUGAUGUGCUAAUGCAAAUGGAAGUCAUUAAAAUUGCAGAUGCGGUAUAAGGGUUUGUUAUUAUGACUGGUGUGUCAUUGGAAUUUAUAAGUUUUUGGAAUGCAGAGUUUAAGUAAAUUAUCAAAUUAUCAAUUCUGGCAUGCAGGGAGCCAACAAAAUAAUAUAAUUUGGCAUCUGAACAUUUGGCAUUAAUAAUUGUAUUAUAAUUUGGUAUUAUAAUUUGGUAU